UCUUCCAUAUUAGACUGGAUAACCUAUGACUCUGUGGACAGCUGUCCCCAAAGGAGUUUAAUGUCUGUACUUAGGGCAGAAUUUUAGGAGAUUUUUGUCACUUAUUAUUUUACACGUUUUUUUCACCAUUUUGAGCAAUCACAGUAGAAAGGAAAGCGUCUGAAGUCCAUACUUCAGCAACAACAUCACCUGGAACAUAGAUCCUCCUCCAUGAUACCUUCAGCAAGAGAUUGUCACGUUUGAGGGGAACCAGAAGCACGAGGAAGACGAGGUCUAAACUGGUAACUCGAGACAAACGCAGCAGCAGACGCCGAAGACAUUUACAAGAGAUAACAACAGACGAACCGACCCAGACAAAGGGAGCACGGAGACUACACAGACACAGACGCAGGGGUGAUUGACCACAGGUGAAACAUUAGGGCGGGGCAGACAAUCACCAAGGAGGGAAGUAUAGGAAGUACAAACAUCGAGACACACAAGGAAACCAACUACAGAAUAAAACAGGAGGUGACAAAAUCCAAACAUAAAUUCAAACAUAAAAUGUCUGCCAUGGCAAACCAUGACAGAGAUGUCCCUCACAGUACUGGUACACCUUGUAUUGCUUCCCAUCAGGCCGCCCACUCUUCGUCUUUGUCCCACCUUGAAUCCCUUGGACUCCUCCACUUCUUCCUGAUCUUUUCGCACCUAGGAGUUUUGCCAGGUACUUUAGCAGAAGGAGGGAGCGAUGGCAUUGACGCAAAGAACAUUUGAAACUGUAAAAGGAGUGGUUGCAUCUGUUCGCGGUACGGCUACAGUUGGCGAAAAAAUGGCUUUCUAUGACACCUGGGCAGGGAACUAUGAUCAGGACGUGGCAGUUCUGGACUACCACGCAGCAAGUCAAGCAGCAAGCGUCAUCUCCUCCUAUUUCAGUGGUGACCGUGAAGCAGCUGUUGUACUGGACGUGGCUUGUGGCACAGGACUGGUGGCAAAGCAGAUGAAACUCGAUGGUUUUGGACAUUUUGUGGGCAUUGAUGGAAGCAAGGCUAUGCUGGACGUGGCCCAAGAGAAAGAGUUGUACCAAGACCUCAAACAAUGCAUUUUGGGAGAACAGCUGCUACCUGCCAAAACAGGAUCAUUUGAUUUGGUUGUGAUCUGUGGGGCACUGAGUGUGGAUCACGUUCCUUUACGUGUAGUCAGAGAGUUGUGCAGCGCCUGCAAACCAGGUGGCUACGUUUGUAUGACGUGCAGACAUGGCCAUGACAAUCUGCCAUACAAAGCUGCCCUGGAGCGUGAGCUGAAGCAAAUGGAGGAAGAGGGGCUCUGGAGCUGUGUAGCUGUCACUGAGGUGGAAAACUGGGCAAGAGAAGUGUCGGGGGCGGAGGGCAGCUACAUAUCUGGUUCUGUUUACCUCUACAAGAAACUGUAGCACCACACAGAUGUGACAUCAUGUGCUACAAUAAAACACGCAAGGUGACUUUUUUUUGACAUUGUUGUUGAUAAUGUUGAGCCUGUCACAUUGUGACAAUUGUGCUUCCCCGUCUGUGAAGUUCAAGAGGAAAAUAGCAUUAUGCAGUGUGUGAUACAGCAUUUAAAAAACCCAAUUUACUGUUUGUAUGUGAAAAUGUGUGAAAUACAAUUAUCACAUAAAAUGCCUUUUGCUGUAUACUGUAAUUUAAUUUUACCCAUGUGAGUUAUUAAAAGUAUGGCAUCCUGUAA